AGCAUAUACACGCAGCAGCAGCCGCCGCCAUCAUCAACCCUUGCUCACCUCUCUGCAUCUUCUUUCAAUCAAUUUGGUACCUUUUCUUUCUUUUUUGGUCUUAUAAAUACUUGUAUUAUCUUUCUCGGCUGCCGGAAUUCCGCCAUAUUUACGCAAAUGUUGCGGUCAAAGCAUCUCGGUACAUUAUCUCAGUCGGCCAGAUCCUUUUUCUUAAACGGGUCGAGAUGUGCAGCCGAUGGAAGUUCGUGCACUUGCUCGGAAGACGAGACUUGUAUUUCUAGAAGACCUCUCGGAGCAAAUGUUCAUAACUCUCGACCAUCGGCGUCGUUGCUUCCGAAAUCUUCAGUUGAAGUUAGUUCAGCUAAUUUGAUUCAUACCGGGAAAGAAGUAGCUGUUCGGAGACCCGAAAACAUUUCCAUCGCCGAUGGAACCUGCUCGUCGAGCAGAGCCGAUCCUGUUCUUAGCAAUGUGGAUGAAUCUGGUGCGAGUAAAAUGAGCUGCUCGUCGUCGCCUCCCUUAGCUGACCAGUUUGUUAAGGCGGGCAUUGCCGCAGUUGGGCUUCUAUCAGAUUUAGUAAAUUAUAAAAUCCCGAUGACUUCCGGGAGCGCGAUGCUCAACCCGUACCCGAACUCGAUGGUUGAUGGCACGAAGUCAAUUUCUAACAUCAGAUCGGUGAAUGUCCGAGCCUCUAAAAAGGAUAAGGUAGGCGUAGUACCGUCUGGCGAGCCGGUUUCGGGUUCAAAUUCGAAUUACUCGAGCGUCUCUUGUGCUACAAAAGGAAGACCUGUUAAAUCGGUUCCUUCGACGCCAAAAUCGUCAGGAAAUGAACCGAACAAGGCACCCGGAAAUUGUGUGGAAGCUCAUGAAGUCGGCGGCGAUCGAAAAAGGUCAGUCCCUCGUCGACCAAGAUCUUACCAAAACCGGGCCGCGCCAAAUCCAUCGGAAGGGAGAUUAAGCGUUAAAAACUCUGACGCCCGCUCGACAAGACCGACGGGAGUAAUUCCUCGAGCAGCUCCGGUGGCUCGGCAAUAUUUGAGCGUGAGUUCGGUCGUCGAGCGCGUUUCUCGGAUUCUCCAUCAGUUCAAUUGGGGCAGUGUUACCGAAGAGGCUCUGAAGAAUCUCGACUUCUUGCCCGACGCCUUCCAAGCGAACCAAGUCCUCAAGCAGCUCCAAGAUUACCGAGUCGCCGUCGGGUUUUUCUAUUGGUUGAAACGGCAGCCUGGAUUCAAGCACGACGGGCAUACGUAUACGACGAUGGUCGGAAUCCUCGGCCGAGCCCGGCAGUUCGGGGCGAUCAACAAAUUGCUCGGUGAGAUGGAGAACGACGGAUGCCGGCCGAACGUCGUCACCUACAACCGUCUUAUCCACAGCUACGGUAAAGCCAACUACUUGAGCGAAGCUAUCGGCGUUUUCGAUCAGAUGCAGAAGAUAGGCUGCGAACCCGAUCGCGUGACAUACUGUACGUUAAUCGACAUCCACGCGAAAGCCGGGUUUCUCGACGUGGCGAUGGAUAUGUAUCGGAGGAUGCAACUAGCCGGGCUGUCGCCGGAUACGUUCACUUACAGCGUAAUCAUCAAUUGCCUCGGGAAAGCUGGGCACUUGGCGCCCGCCCACAAGCUGUUCUGUGAGAUGGUCGAGCAAGGGUGCACGCCGAACCUCGUGACGUACAACAUCAUGAUUGCGUUACACGCGAAGGCGAGGAAUUACCAGAGCGCGUUGCGGGUUUAUCGGGACAUGCAGAAUGCUGGAUUUGAGCCGGACAAGGUGACCUACAGUAUAAUCAUGGAGGUUCUCGGACACUGCGGCUUUCUCGACGAAGCCGAGGCUGUUUUUAUUGAGAUGAAGGAGAAGAAUUGGGUUCCCGAUGAGCCCGUCUAUGGUCUUCUCGUCGAUUUGUGGGGGAAAGCCGGGUAUAUCGAUAAGGCGGGGGAGUGGUAUCAAGCGAUGCUUGCGGCGGGACUACGACCGAACGUCCCGACGUGUAAUUCUCUCCUUAGCGCGUAUCUGAGGGUCCACCGUCUUCAUGAUGCCUAUGAUUUGCUUCGGAGUAUGGUCGAUUUGGGGAUGAACCCGUCGCUGCAGACGUACACGCUUCUUCUCAGUUGCUGCACCGAAGCGAGAGAAUCGCUCAACAUGUCGUUUUGCUGUCGGUUGAUGACGUUGACGGGACACCCGGCGCAUACGUUCCUGUCGUCGAUGCCAUCAUCGGCCCCCGAUGGGCAAAAUGUUCGGGACCACGUUAGCACGUUCCUCGACAUGAUGCAUAGCGAGGAUCGGGAGAGUAAACGGGGGCUUGUCGACGCCGUGAUCGAUUUCUUGCACAAGACGGGUCUGAAGGAGGAGGCCGGGUCGGUGUGGGAAGUCGUCGCGCAGAAGAACGUCUAUCCCGACGCCGUCAAGCGGAAAAGCUCGAGCUACUGGCUCAUAAACCUGCACGUCAUGUCGGACGGGACCGCCGUGACAGCGCUGUCCCGAACCCUCGCGCGGUUUCGUAAGGAAAUGCUCGUUUCGGGGGUGUCGCCGUCGCGAAUCGAUAUCGUGACUGGGUGGGGCCGGAGGAGUCGGGUGACGGGAACGUCGCUCGUGAGGCAGGCCGUCGAGGAGCUGCUCAGCGUUUUCCGGUUCCCGUUUUUCAUGGAAAACGGGAACUCGGGAUGCUUUGUCGGGUGCGGGGAGCCUCUCAACCGGUGGCUGCUGCAGCCGUGUGUCGACCGGAUGCACUUGCUGUAGGUUGCCACGGCGAAUUUUGGCGGGUUUCGGGUCGGGUUUGGUCGGGUCGGGAUGUUGUGUGUGUCUGUAUGUUUCUUGUGACUUGGAUUGAUUUAAGUUUAUAAGUGUUGUUAUUUGUUAA